GCAGCUCCUCUGGGUGCCACUGGUCUUCGUUGUGGAGAAGCAGCACGACAGGAGGUGACAGCAGCGUAGUUUAGUUUAGCGGGCUGUCCUGUCAGGUCUUGUGGAGAGAAAAGAAAACCCCUCGGUGAGCUUCGGAGAACCUGUUGGACGGGAGAGAGACAUGGAGGAGACGGCCGGUGCAAGUGCGUACGGGGCUUCGCUCGCAGGAGGAGGCUUCGACUUCUACAAGUUUAUCCGACAGCCGCCAACCAUCGUGCGGAUACUCAGUUGGAUAUUUGCCCUGGUGGUGUUUGCUUCCAUCACAACGGAGGGAUACAUCAACUCUACCCACAGUGCCCAGGUGAAGUGCAUCUUCAACCAGAACGACUCGGCGUGUCAUUACGCUAUUGGCAUCGGGGUGAUCGCCUUCCUGGCAUGUAUUGCCUUCCUGGUGUUGGACGCUUACGUGCCUUUUAUGAGCAACGCACAGGAGAGGAAGUACGCCGUCAUGGCAGACCUGGGAUUCUCAGGGGUGUGGUGCUUCCUUUGGUUUGUUUGUUUCUGCCUGUUGGCCAGUGAGUGGGCUAAAACUCAUGCCAGCGGUGUCCCAGUGGACCCGGCACGAGCCACUGUGGCCUUCUCGUUCUUCUCUAUCGCCACAUGGGGACUCCUGACCUACUUUGCGUUGAUCCGUUUCCGCCGCGGUGUGAAUGAAGUAACCAUGCCGACCUACACAGAGCCACAACCAGAUCACCACACCCCUUACCCUCCGACCUACGCCCCCACCUCCUACAACCCCACUACCUACACCCCUACCACCUACAACCCUUAUCCCAGCAAAGUGCCCGACAUGCAGCCCCCCUUCCAGCCAAUCCCCCAGCCGCAAGGAGACGCUGACUACCAGCCGCCCAACUACUGAGACAAAGGGAGGUCGCGUGGACCAGAUCAUCUGUUGGUACACUGAUUGUUGUUGCACUGCACAGACCCACAGCUAUAUCAUAUUGAUGUGGUUUUACAUUUGAUUCAACACACUUUUCCAAGUGUUGUCCAAUUUGAGAGCCUGCGCAGUGCAACUGCAAGUUAGAGACGAGGGACACCGCCGUUUACGUCAACGGGUCGGCGGUCGGAUAUCAAGACGUCAGGCUGACUGUUGAGUAUCUGACCUUAGACCUGUGUGCAAAGACGCAACUCUUUACCUCCAGUGGGCUGAUCCUGAUGGGGAGAGGUAGAUGGAAUGUACCCAGGAGGUCAAAGGUGAUAUAUAAUGUGACGGUGUGAAGAACGUGUUCCUCUUUACUCUCUGGUGGAACCUGAGAAUCUGCAUUUGUACAUAGACUUCACCUUACGAAGCUGCCAUUUUCAUGGUUCUAUGUGCCUGUUUUUCUUUGCUUGUUUGGUUUAUUGGAUGUUUCAGGAUGUACUCGAUUACAGUGGGAAAAGACCACUAUAAAGCCAAAUGUCCCCCUCUGAUUUAGUUCUGUACAGAUUGUGCAUGUUUCGUAGCCAUAAAGCCACAAAAUCACCCCUGAGAGAAAGUUUUGCACUCUAAUGUGCUGUCGAUGGUCACAUGAGAACACAUAAAACCCCCUCCAGUUCUUAAACUCUGAUCAUUGCAGAUAUAACAAAUUUGUGUUAACAGUGGGUUACGUGUGCCAAUCUGUAGAGGCGUUUAUUGGACGUUCAUAGUCGGUGUUGCCCUUUAAACUUGUGGUUCAGAUAGACAGGAGGGAGGAGAACGUAGAUAGCUGCACUUAACAGGUUUAUCCACCGAGCAUGUCCUCUUACUGGAGAGUAACUUAUUAACUAGCAGAAACAAUGCUCCCUCUUAAACCUGCGAACAGAGCGGCCUCACACUUCCUCCUAUGUCUUUGAGACGGUUAGUUUCCCGAACACCGAUUUUUAUCUCCCGUUUACAGGCUUCUUAAUCUAAACUGUUGAAGGCAGACUGCAGCAGGUGUGUCUUUACCAACGACAAGAUUAACACCUCAGCCUGCAACUGGUUUCAUGUGUUGCUUUGUGCCCGACGGUCCGGCUGCUGUAGCUCGUCUAAAGUGAUGCUCAAACGUAGAUUUUGAUUUAAACGGACUCUAGAUCUGCAAAUGACAGACCAGCAAUUGAAUGUGGUUAUAAAUAUAUAUAGAAACAUGCUAUUGUGGUACUACAUUGAAGAUAUUUGUACAAGUGGAAAUACAUUGAUUAUUAAUAGAAAACACAUGAACUUGCUGAAGCCAUCUAUAUGAAAAUCUUCUGUUGAUUUAUCAUUUGUACCGUGAGGAGAAAUUUAACAUCAAAGGGUUUUUGGGGAAGGAAAGUGAAUCAAAUGUGCCAUGAUUAAAUAUUAAAGUUAAGCUGUGCAUCACA